ACAAGAUAGCGGGGUGUGUAAAAAUGACCGCCAUAUUUUGCGUUUUAACUAAUUUCCUACUUAAUGACUUUUCUACUUUUCUUCCUUCGGAAUAAAUCCAUGAUUUUAAAAUGUCUGGUGUAAAUAUGCAAGGUUCGACCACGGAUCAAAUCACCUAUACAAAUGACCGUCCCCAAGGUUUAUCUACGGAGGCCAAGAUGAUUCUCAUGCAGCAGCAGUUAGCACUACUUCUACAUGCUGAUCAUUGUGAACGCCUUGAAAGGAGGGGGAUGGCAACAAACUGUGCGGAUCGAAAUUGUGGUGAAAUUCGAAACUUGCUGCCUCAUUUACAGAGUUGCACUCGAGAAAAGGAGUGCAAUGUUCCACAUUGUAUUUCAUCUAAGUACAUAAUGCGACACUAUCGUUCUUGUGGAGAUAUGGAAUGCAAAGUUUGUUCGGCAAUCAGGAAACCCAUUGGGAACUCUACACCAUCAUCAGUAUCAUCCGUUAGUUGCCCACAAAAUGGACUCACUUCAAACCACAAAUCUGACAUAUCAUCCUUAAAUGGCAUCAAAAUAUCAGACUCUCCGCUUCCACACCAAGAGACUGCUUUUACAACUGGUUCGUGUGAAUCACAACCAACGGUUGUGUUGAAUGGUGAGUUCAACCGGGUACCUUUACAUGAAAGCCGCAUCACCGAUCAACAGCGAGAACUAGCUAUGAAAAAAUUGUAAGUUCUAGUUCUUCAUAAAGUUAUUUUUUAUAGUGUGAAUGAUAUUUCUCUAUCAAUCUUUCCAACGGCAAAUCCUACUGCAUACAAUGAUCCCAGGAUGAAACAAUUUCUCGAUUAUGUGAAACGAAUGGAAAAAGACGUUUAUGUAAAAUCUAGGUCAACAGAAGAAUAUUUCAAAACAAUGGCACUCCAUUAUCACAAUAUACAUUCUGAAUUAAAGGAAAAGCGUCGUCUGAGGGAAUCCUGUCCACCACUACAAAAUGGAGAUAUUUCUGAUGUGACACAACCUUCAGACCUGUCGAAUUCUGUUUCAUCAGAAAAUAACUCAUUGAAAGCUAAUUCUUAUGAUCAGGAUCAGUUUUCGGAUGCUUUAGAAAUCGUAUCCAAGCGUGAAGAACAGAUUCAACGGGAAAUUAAAGUUGAAGUUACAACAGAAAGCUCUUCGAAUUCCUCUGACUCUGCAGGAGUUUUGGAAGACAAGGAUAAUAAAGAGGAUUCAAAUUCACCAGAAGUUAAAUAUCGUUCUGUCGCGUCCGUAGAACCUAGUGAAAGCGAAAUAAAGACAAAGAUUGAUGAAAAAACUGGUCUGGAGUCGGAUGCACCUGAGCCCACCAGUUCUGAUGAAAAAAAAGAGGACACCCAGGCUUCUCGAGAACCUAUCAGACGAAGAAUAUGGUACUCUAAUGAACUGUUGCAGCAUUUUCUACCAGUUGUGCUAAAAAUAAGCAAAGAAAAGGAUGCAGAACCAUUUUUGACUCCAGUGGACUGGAAGUUCCUUGAAAUAUAUGAUUAUCCUCAAAUAGUUUCUGAUCCUAUGGAUCUGUCAACUAUACGGAGAAAACUAGAAGACCGAGAAUAUAAGGAUCCUUGGGAAAUAGUCGAUGACUUUUGGUUGAUGCUUAACAAUGCCUGGCUUUACAAUAAGAAGACAUCCAAGGUCUACAAGACCUGUACAAGGUUGGCUGAGACAUUUGAAACUAUAAUUGACCCCGUAAUGCAGUCGCUUGGAUUUUGCUGUGGCAGGGAAUACUAUUACCAACCACCUACCUUAACCUGCUUAACGCCCAAGUUUUGUACAAUAUAUCGCGAUGCAGUUUAUUACGUCUACAAGAGCGAUGGUCAAACUCCUGGACUUUUGGAACAAAAAUACACAGUAUGCGAGAGAUGUUACAAUGAAGCUUUGGAUCAAAUAGCCCUUGACAGUGACUCCAGUAACCCAGUGAACGUUCAGAAGAGUUUGAUGGAGAAGUGCAAAAAUGAUAUCAAAGAAAAGGAACCAUUCGUAUUUUGCAAACAUUGUGGGAGGAAGUGGCACAGAGUUUGUGCCAUAUACCUUGAAGAAAUUUGGCCAGACGGUUUUAUUUGCAAUCACUGUAUUGUGAACUAUGGAUUAAAGCGUGUUGAAAAUCGUUUCACAGCUAAGAAAUUGACAACAUGCAAAUUAAGCAACUUUUUAGAAAAACGUGUAAAUGAUUUUUUGAAGAAAAAAGAAGCCGAUGCAGGUGAUGUCAUUAUUCGUGUUCUCGCGGCAGCAGAUAAAACUGUUGAAGUUAAAUCUGGUAUGAAGGCUCGGUUCUGUGAUAACGGAGAAAUGCCUGAGUCUUUUCCCUACAGAGUGAAAGCCAUUUUCGCAUUUCAAGAAAUCGACGGUCAGGAAGUAUGUUUUUUUGGUCUUCACGUUCAGGAAUAUGGAUCAGAAUGCCCACUUCCUAAUACCAGAAGGGUGUAUGUGGCUUAUCUAGAUUCCGUUUACUUUUUUCGUCCCAAACAAUUCCGCACAGAGAUAUAUCAUGAACUUUUGGUUGGUUACAUUCACUAUGCAAAGUUACUUGGUUUCACAAUGGCUCAUAUAUGGGCUUGUCCGCCUAGCGAAGGUGAUGAUUACAUUUUUCAUAUGCAUCCACCUGAUCAGAAAAUUCCUAAACCUAAAAGGUUACAAGAAUGGUAUCAAAAAAUGCUUAAAAAAGCACUCAUUGAACGGAUUGUGGUGGAUUACAAAGAUAUCUGUCAGGAUGCUAAUGAGUCCCAUAUGAUCUCUCCAGCUGAACUUGCCUAUUUCGAAGGUGACUUUUGGCCAAAUACUUUGGAAGAAAUAUUUAAGGAAAUGGAUGAAGAAGAUGCCAAAAGAAAACAGGAGCAAGAAGCAUUGGCUCGCGGUGGUGAUGACGAUGAUGAGGCAAAAGAAAACGUGCAGACUAAAGAAACCGAUGAAAAUCCGGGAAAGAAGAAAGCCAAACGAAGAAAGCUCAAACGUAGUGCUUCUAUAACGAUCACAGGUAAACGAAAGCGCCUGGGUGGUAUAGGUUCAGGUGAUGUUGCAAAUGAAGUUGCACGUCGUGUCUACGAAAUAAUGGAGAAACAUAAGGAAAACUUCUUUGUCAUUCGAUUGCAUCCUCAAAAUUCAGUCGCUGCACUUCCACCAAUUAAGGAUCCAGAUCCACUUAUCAACUCAGAGCUAAUGGAAUGUCGUGGUGCUUUCUUAGAAAAAGCUCGUGAAAAGCACUUGGAAUUUUCAUCAUUACGACGUGCUAAAUAUUCCACUUUGGUGAUGUUAUAUGAAUUACAUAAUGAAAAUCGUCAACCUCUAAUGUACACUUGCAAUGUUUGUAGUGCACAACUGGAAACUCCAUGGCAUUGUAAACAAUGUAUCGAAUAUGACUUAUGUCCCCGAUGCUAUGAAACCGAAAACCAUCCUCAUCCUAUGGUGAAAAUAGGUAUUGGACUUGACGAUUGUAACAAAGGACAAGAGCAAAGUAACGAUUCAACUAUUCAGGAAUCAGGAAGAGAUAAAUUGAGUCGUUGGGUAAAAGCCUUGGGUCAUAGCUGUUAUUGUCGUGAUGCAAAUUGUCGUGUAUAUGCAUGUAAGACAAUGAAAUAUCAGGUACAACACUUUCGUGUACAUUCAACAGAUCGAAAUCAAUGUUCUGUUUGUCGAUUCAUCUAUUAUUUAUGUUGCUAUCAUUCCAAAACUUGCCAUGAAUUGAAGUGUCUUGUACCUUUAUGUCCUAAACUUAAGGCAAAAAUGAAGCAACAGCAAAAGCAACAACGUCUAAAACAAACACAAAUGUUACGCAGACGUAUGGCCACGAUGCAGCGCUGUAACAGCAUGACUCCUAAUCAUCAACCAACCCCCCCACCAUCUCAAAAUUAUCAACAAUGUUCUCAAUCUUCGACAUCUGAUUGCAUAUCUUCCCCUAUGUCUGUACCUAUGCAGUCAUCGCCAUUUGCUUCUACAGCUGUUACUACUGUUUCCUACAACCUUACCUCUCCACAUUCAAGAAGUCAAUCUUCUAUCCAAUCUCCACAGCAAAGUCCGUUUUUUCACCCUCCUUGUCCAUCAUCUUAUCAGAAUUCUCAACAAACUUCUCAUUCAUCAAAGGCAUAUGUGUCUAGUCCGUCAGUUCCCCGAUCCCCGUCAAUAUCUGUUAUGCCAGUCUCUACUUGUGUUCAAAAUCUCCCUCAGUCAACUGGAAUUCAUAAUAAGCCAGUUGGAACUUUAGAAUCGGACCAGCUGAUAAACACACAUGUAGAUAUCAGUAGGACAGGUUAUGCUUUUCAGUCUCAAUCAAAAUAUUCUUUAUCUUGUACCCAGCCUACAACAUCUUUCAGUACCCAGCAACAAAUGCAGCGACAUCAUAUACAGGAACGCCCACAAACAAGCCUUAAUAAUAAUUGGGCCCCCAAUUACGUUGUUUCUCAACAUAGCAUCCAGUCACAUGGAUCUACUUCUGGACACUCAGUCGCACAUCGACCUUUGAUUACAAGCAAUUCAGUUCCCAUAGAUGCAUUAUCUCCAAAACCAUUUGUUCACCAACCAGGUGUGACUCUUAUGGAUGUUGACCCGUCGUAUCCCCAGCAAAUAAUGUCAAGUCGGUUUCAGGGAGAAACUGAACAUAAUAAUUACAUUUUCAAUAAGCAACCCCAACAAGCGGUUACACACCACCCUUCACUAGCUUAUUCUCAAGUUAUUGAAGGGCAUAAUCCUGGAACCCUUUUACCUCCUAAUCAAACUUCAUCAGGAACUAUUUCCAACUCUAAUUGGAGGCAACCUGGAACUGCACCUCCAGGCAGUACUAUGUAUCCAUCAGGGUCAUCUGUUAGCUCUACUCAACCAAAUACAUCAAUCGUUCGGUCUGCACCUAUGCAAUCUACGUCCUCUCAAUCCAUAGUAUCAACAACCUCGCCUAACACUGGUGUUGUUGUUCCAUGUAGCAUCUCUCCAGAGGAUGUGCGGAUCGUUCAACAAGCAUAUACUACAAUGCGGCAGCGAGGUGCUCCGGCGUCUGAGUUUUCAAGUUGGUUGAACUCCAGUCCACAAUAUGUGAGGGCGUGGCAGUAUAUUCAACAAUCACAUUUACACAACCAACAACAACAAUUAUCUCAAAUGUCCGGAUGUAUGCCUAGUACUUCUACUCCCCAUUGCCCUAUGGGAGCUCAGCUACAUAGUACAUAUUCUGGUUGUCAGACUCCACAAAAUUCUCAGUCAUUUACUGGAUCGCGUUCUUUACCUCCUCAGUCAAGGUAUCCGUAUUCACAGGUUCAACAGCAGCAGAUUAUUGGAAAUCCUCAGUCACACCAAUCACAGUCUUGGUCCUCUUUGCCCACACAACAACCUCGUUUUCGGCAAGCAGUAACUCCAAGUUUUAAUCAACAAUCUAAUCAACAGUUUUCAAUUCCUUGUCAUCAACAAGUUGGUAAACCUCCAUCUACAACUAUAUCUCCAACUCAAGCAUCUAAUUCUCCUCAACGCUACAUGACUCAAACAAAUAUGCCUCAACCUAUGACCAAUCAAAUUCCUAUUUCACCUCCUGCUUCUAACAUAUCUCGAUGUGCUAAUACUGUAAUGCCACAAAUGGCGUCACUUCCACGUUGUACGAACAGCCUCUCAAUGCCUUCCAUGGGUCUUGUAAAUUCUGCUGGUAUGAGUCCUAAUCGGGCAGUUCAACCCUCUCCUCAUUAUUCGUCUGUAAUGCUAUCACAGUUAUUAGGGCCUGGUCAAACAGCUAAUCUUGUUAACACCCCAUCAUCUGUUUCAGAGUAUCCUAAUAUACCAAGUAAACAGCAUCUUGUUCGACAGGAAUUCAUUCCUUCAACAGUUUUCCAGCAGAAAUUAAAUUAGGGCUAAAUAUUGUUGUCCAUUUAUCUAUAUUUCAGCUGACUUUUCUUGAAAUACUUGUGUUAAGUUUAAACUUUUCUUAUUCAGAUGUAUGUAUAUAUAAUAUGAAUUUGAUUAAUGAAUUAUCUGUGAGUUCUCACUACUACUUGUUAUUUUUCUUUAUUACAAAAAUGUGUAAAUAGUACUUUUGACCUCCCAGAAUGCUUUUUUAAAAUUCAUUCUGUAUUAAUUUCGCUGUCUACUUCUCACUUCAAUUUUCCCCAGUGGUGAGAUCAUGUGAUUUUUUGCCAUUUUCUGUAUAUUUGUACAGGCCAUUGUAUAUCUGUACGUGGCUAUCCCAAUUUUUGUUGAGCUAGAUUAUACACAUUCACAUUGUCAAACCUUAUAUUAAUGUAUUACUACUGAUGUAAUUUUGUUUUCUUUAAUAAGAAAUUUCUUUUUAAAUAUGAAUUCACUCAAAUGUAAUUAUUUCUAGCGUUUCGG